AUGACAACCAACUCCACGGAAAACAUGUCGGCGCUGAAAGGCGUGACCGCGCCAAUACAAUUUGGCUCAUUUAUAGUUACUCAACAAGUCUUCUUUACAACACCCCUCUCCUUCGCCCUGGUAAACCUUAAACCAAUUCUUCCCGGUCAUGUUCUCAUCUCACCCCGACGAGUCGUCCCCCGAGUCUCAGACCUAACACCAGCCGAGACGACCGACCUAUUCCUCCUCGUGCGCCGCGUAGGCCGGAUGGUAGAACGGGUAUAUGGUGCCUCGAGCUUGAAUAUCGCGGUUCAGGAUGGUGUUCAUGCGGGACAGAGUGUGCCACAUGUACAUGCACAUAUUAUCCCGCGGAAAGCGGCGGAUUUGGAUCAUCGGGGUGGGACAGAUGCCGUUUAUGAUAUGCUUGAUGGGGAAGAAGGGGAUAUUGGAAAGGCAUUACGAGAGGAACGGGGUAAAGAGCAGAACACUGAUGAUUUUUCGAGGCCGAAGAGGAGGACAAGAUUCCCUGCUGUGGAUAAUGAGGCGAGGAAACCGAGGAGUAUGGAGGAGAUGAUCGCUGAGGCGGAGAUGUUGGCGAAGGAGAUGGAAGGAGAGCCGCUUGAUUAG